UGGAAUAUUAAAACACGAGGUUUUAUAAAAAAGGCAGCCAAUAUCCAUAACUUUAUAUUAAAGAUGUUUCAAAAUUUAUAGAGUCUGGAACCUAAGAAAAACAUUAGCACUUCAGAUUACCACAAUAUGUCACCACAGUUGAUUUUAUACUCUACCCUCAAUUUAUUAAAGUUUUAAAUCAAGUAGAAAACUUGCCAAAUAAAACCAAAAACAUACAGAGGUAAUGAAUACAGUUAAUAUACAAAUAAAAAAGGAACAUUACAAUUGCUAAAUAUAGAUAAACUUAUAAUCAUACCACAUCAUAAAUCUAGAUACCUUUUAUACUUAAUACAUUUCGUACAAACGUUCUUUCAUCACGUUAAAAUAUUAAGAAUAAGUUAUUUAAGUUAAGUGUUAAGUUACGACUUUAUAAUGUAAUUUAAUUUUGUCUCAUUUACAGAUAUACAAAGAUUUUAUUUUGUUUAGAAUAAUUGACUCGAACAAUGAUAUAAUAUAUUCAAGAAUAAUGAAAUAUGGAGACAAUAACUAUGCAUGUGUCAAAAACUGCGGUCGCACUAAAAGUAAUAACGAUACUGAUGAUAAACCUUUAUCGAUUAGCUUAUUGUCAAAUCGUGUAAAAAAACGCGAAAGCAAGUUACACAAAUUAAGUUCGUACAACACUACGCCAAAAACAUUUAGACAGACAAAAAAAAAUAUGCCCAUAAAAAAAACCGCGGGAAAAAAGAAAAUGGAGACAAAGAAUUUUUCAGAGUCCAUGACAAUUUUAAGCCAUAGUGAAUCCUUAAAGAAAACUAUACUAUCAUUGCAAGAAACAUUGGAGAAAAUUAAAUCUAAGUAUUUUGUGAGUGCUGUUACUGAAUCAACUUGUUCGAAGUUAGGUAAACAAGCUACGAAAGAAGACUCUGAAGAAAAUGAUGUAGAAUAAAUUAUUAUAGUUUUAAGUUGGAUAUAAUAACUUUUUGUACGCAGAGAUUUGAACUCUAGAACAUUUUAAUAUUUGUUCAUUAUUUUUGAUGUGUACUGCUUAUACGAUGUACGAUACUUAUUGCGUACCUAAGUGCAUAAAACCCUAAUAUAAAAAAUUUACUGUCAAUUCAUGUAAAAUACAAAUAAUUGUUGGUAGGACUUCUGUAAAACGAAAUAAAUUGUGUAGUAGGUGAUUUUAACUCCUUGUUACGAUCAAAAACGAUUCAGAUACAGGACUGACCAAACAGAUAAUAACAAACUGCUUAUUCAAGACUGGGUGUUGAUGGUCCGUAUGGUAGGCGUGGGCGUUGAGUAAACGAACCGUUUAUUGAGUAUCAAUAGGCUAGUUUACGGUCUACGGAAAAACUGGUUUAUGUGUGAACGUAAGUUACGUUGCUUGAAUAAUCCAACGCACCACGAAAGGUCUGCAAGGAGUCUUAUAAGUAUAUAUCUCUCUGUUCUUCGCAAUCCACAGAUUGCUAUUUGCAGGGGUCGGAAACCGGUAUAUUUUUCGAAACGUUUUCAUCUUAAAUACCUAAAAGACACUUUGUUUCGGUUUCGUUCGAACAGAACGAUAUAAAAAACGAUUUUGGAAAAAAACAAUUAUAUUGUUUUCGGUUAAUAAAACGUUUUUAACCAUUUAUUUUGCGUUUUUUUUCAUCGCAUACUGUAAAUAACGUAAUAAAUGUACGCCGCCCUUACAGCCCGCGCGGCACCGUCUUGCGGAUUAAACCGGUUUUUUAAAGCGUUCUCAUUUCGAUUUCGUUUCGAACGCA